AUGUCUUCUUCUCUUCCUAUUACCAACUCUGCUCCUAAGAAUACACCACAAGAUGAGAAACAGAAAUCUUUAAAAAAAAAGUCUUCAGCUGUCAAUCUUGUCGAAAACGUUCCUACAUUUAUUAUUGAUAGUUCUGUUCCUAUUCUAUCAGGCUCAGUUGAAGACAUUCAAGGACUGGAUACUACAGGAUCAAAUCCUUAUCCAGCAAUGGCCAGACCACGCAAAAGCCUUUCAGCAUUAGACGCUGAGACUGCUGAUACCGAUCGUGCAUCGACAAAACGUUCCGUUUCCGAAGGAAGUGUUUUACAAUCGAUGUCUACACCCCUUUUGAGCAUCACCCCAAUUGUCCCCAGUUCUAAAAGUCCCGAUUCUGAUUUGCAAAAGAGAAGUAGUUCUUUAAAUCCUGACAAAACUGUUUUUUUGCAAAACCACCAGUCUUCCAUAACUUCCAACAUGGAAUCUAAAAGCGAAAAAGAGCCUAGCACAUCAUCAUUAACAUCAAAAAAGGCGCCAUCCUCUUCCACACUUUCUCCAACUAUUGAAGCUUCUGAUAAUUCUUCUUCGCCGACCUCUGUUUGGAAGGAGACAGCUUCUCAAGAUCUCACUCCUAAAAAGCCAUCUAUUUUAACCAAUAACUCUUUCUCGACAUCGCACCGUAAUGUACAAGUGAUUGAAUCACCAAACACAAGCAUUUCACCUAAGAAUGAUUUUCAAAAUAAUUCUAGUCAGGAAAACUCGGUCAGCAGCAAAGGAAGUACACCAGAAAAGGAGCACCUUGAUAAAAGGCAUUCUGUAUCAAGUCUUCCGGGAUCACCGUCAAACAAGCCAUCUAGACCUUCAACGUCAGGCUCUCUUGAAACACUAUCAAAUCCGGGGCAUCCGAGUCAGUACGAUUCAUUUAACGACUCUCCACAACCAGAAGCUAGCAGCACUCCAAAUAUUGCACAUCAAUCUUUCUCACCUCUAUCACCUUCUACCAACAUUUCUUCAAGAAGCAGAAAUGCAUCAGGUCAGCAUGUCAACUAUCCCAAUCCUAUGCAAGGAAUCAACUUUCGUACAAAUGAUCCAAAUGAAUGGACUUUAGAGCGAGUUUUAACUUGGCUAGAACACAACAAAUUUGGCCGAGACUGGAUUGAAACUUUUCGUUCUAGAAACAUUCAUGGAGCUGAAUUUCUCUCUUUGGUGAGCUACCAGAAGCUUAAAGAUCUUGGUCACUUGUCUUCUUCCAAUGAUAUUUACAGCACUACACCGUCUCGAUUUAUCCAUAUUCUCAGAAAAGUAUUCGAUCGUUCGUCUAGUACCUCAAACAGUACCAUGGACCCUCAACCAUUUCAAUCAGACAUUGACGAAGAAGAUCCCAUUUCCACUUAUAACACAAAUAACAGCAUAGAACUUUUUUACAACUCAGAGGCCAUGUCCUCUGCAGCAGUCGGAACAACACCAGUAGUAGAUUCAUUAAGAUUGGAAACAGAUGCUGUACUAAGCAUUCCCGCUUCGGCAAAUGGAAAUUACCAAGAAUAUUCGUUUAACUCAACACAGACAAUGCGUCUCCCUAUUAAUAACUCGUUAAGUGAUAAUAUAUCAGAAAUUGAUCCGCAACAAGUCAGAAUUCGCAAUAAUAAUAGCAAUCAACUUCGACCAAUCUCAACCUUAGAUAUAUCAACUUUUAAACAGACAUCUCCUUCAUCUCCCACUGCAUUCUCCAACAUCUUUUCACGAAAACAUACAAAGUCAAACUCAUCAGAAUCUUUCACUGGAAAUCCUAUUCAGCCAACCCUGUCAGCUAAUCUUUUGAUUUCACAAGAAGAAAAGGCGGAUAAGAAAACUGGUCUUCUUAAUAAAUUCCGCAGACGUGACAAAGAUGGAAAUCGUGAUCGCCUUAGAGCAUCAAAAAGCGCCACAAAUCUUUUCGAAGUUCAAAACUCUCAAAUUAAUUCAAUUCCUCCAAUGUUUGCAAGUAGUCAAUUAUCUGACUCUGUAGGUAUAUUUCCUUACGGAAAUCUCGAUGUUCAAUAUGAACCUGUAAAGCCAAAAGAACAUCAAAAGAUUAUUUUGGUAACCACAACCAACGAACAUUUUACAACAAUAAAUAUAUCAGAUGUCACGAAUCUAGAAGAAUUAAAAACGCUUAUUGCCGAUAAACUGAACCUUGAUGGUUGGUCUCAUUUUACUUUUCAUUUGACUGAAUUUGGUUGUUCUGAAGGUCUUGCCCUAGAUGAUGUUACAUUUAAUAAUUUGGUUUUCAAUCCUUCUAAGCUUGGCUAUAAUCCCCACUCAGUUUUGAAGAUUUUUAUUGGAAAUGUCAUUCCGUUUGGCUCAAUAUCACCAGGACAAUUGUCUAUGGAAUAUGAGUUUUCAACAAACACUUCAAAUUAUCCGGCCACACCGUCCUAUCUUAUUCAUGCUCACCCGGAUGCUGCAAAUAACGAAGCCGUUACUCAGCUACAAUCAGAUGCUGAGCCACCAGAUUACUUUUCUCAUAAGCCCCUUGAACAAGCAGCUGCUGUAUCUCCACAGGCACCUCUUUUAACACAACAACAGCAGAUUUCCUUUCAAGAGUAUAUUCGCAACAUUAACCAUCAUACAAAUAAAAAUAAAAUGGGCCCAGCAUCCACUCGUGGAACCUCUAAGGCUAACUUAACCAACUUUGGUGGUCCAGCAAGUUACAACUACAAUCAACAGUACAAUCAUUUUAAUAGUAAUUUUCUUCAUCCAUUUGAAGAUACGUUGUCGUUUCGCGAUCCUAGUCGACUCAGUGUUGCUAGCAUUGAUUAUAGCGGUCGUCGCUCUUCAGAAGAUUCCUUCAAAGUUAUUCGUCCUGAACGCCGAGAGAUAAAUUUUGACGAUCGUCGCUCUUCUCCUUACGAAAGACGACCUUCAAUUAACCCACAAGCUAUGUCCUCUAGACCAUCAAUUACCAACGAUCGUUCAAUAUCAAUUCCGUCAAUAUCCUCUUCAUCUUCGUCUUCUACAAGCACACUACCCUUAACCUUCCCAAGCGCUAACAAUCCACAUGUCAGUAAUUCGGCUAACGCCUCACCAGCAAUCGGAUAUGAUGAAACUUUAAAAUCUGAAAAAGCAGAUGACUUUGAUCUGACGCUAAGCAAUGAUGCCACAGGUAAAAUUGCGGAUAAGAUUGAAGAGCAAGAAAAAUCAGAAGAUAAUAAUGAAUCUUUAUCUAAACCAAAAAUAAAAAUUAAUAGGCAUGCAUCGAUUAGAACAAGCAGAAUUUACAGAAGUGCUGGGUCUGAAGAUUCCAGAAACUCCAUUUUGGAUUCAAAGAGUGUUGCUGAAAGUGAUGCAUCUUUUGCUCCCAAAACAACUGAGGGAAGACUUUCUAGGCAAUCUUCUAAAUUGGAUCGCAAAAGUUCAGUCAAACUGGUUCCCAAACGAGCUGCACCUCCACCUCCUAGCUCUAGUCCGGCAUCUUCAUUGCCAUCACCACUUUUAAAAUCAAACAAGACACAAUUACAUCGAACAACAAGUGUAAUUACAAGAGGCUCAGGGACUCGGAGUAGUUCUCGUGCACGUUCAAAUAUUACUGAUUCUACUGGAAAUUUUGGCUAUAGCAUUUCCGAAUUGCCUGAGGAAACAGCCCAUGAAGUACGCAGAGUUAGUGAUAGUGCAGUUCAGAUUAGUGAUUCUACGGGAAGGAAAGUUAGCAUUGGCUCACGUCCUCCAUUUGUCCCAUAUCUGACUAAUAAUGCACCAACGAAACUUGAUAUCAAAGAAAGUGAUCUUCUAGAAGAAAAGACUGUGCCUGAUAAUGCACUGUAUGGUCUCAAAGAAGAAGGUAAACAGACUUAUACACCAGCUUUAGGAAGACAGCCAUCUUCAAGAGUAAGCAGUUUAACACAUUCAUUAUCUCGCCGCUCUCAUCGGUCUGUUGAAGAUAAUGAAGCAAAUUUUCAUGAAAAUGAAGUUUCCUUUGCUGAUGCUCCUGCUUUUGAAGAAAGUGAUGAUUCUGGUAGCUCGAGUGAUGAAGGACUUUGGGCAAAGAAGCCACCCAAGCUCACUGAAGAAAAAGAUGAUAAUAAUGAUAACACAGAAAUUGAGGAAAAGCAAGAAGCUUCAAAUGCGCAAACAUUCAAAACAUCAGUUCCGAUGCCUCCAACACAGUUGCGGAGACUGUCUCAAACACUCUCUACAAUUACAUCGCCACCGCCGUUACUGUAUGGAUCACCUCCCCCACCUUUACCAACUUCUUCACCUUUGAAGCUGACUAUGGAUACCACAUAUUCCCAUCCACUCCCAGUCCAAACUAACCCACCGGCGGAAUCAAAGCAAAAUAUUCAUCCCAGAUCAUCUUCUUUUAAUCUUUCUCAUAACCAAGCACCUUUACAGGGCUCUCAGUUUCAAAAACUUGAUGAUAAUUCUGCUCAACCUACAUUCCAACCUAUUCUUCUUGAUUCAUCUUCUUCAUCAGAGGGCCGUCCGACGCUUCAUCUAGAUGUUUCAGAAGCUGGAGCCAAUGCUCCAGGAAAUAACAAUGGAAAACUUAAAUCAGCAACGCCUAUGACUCCAAUUUCAUAUUCAGACAUCAAUAUGAAUGGAUGGGCUGUGCGUCCUCCUGCCGAAGUAGUUUACGAAAAUCUGGAAAGAUUUUUCCCCAAUGCUGAUUUGGAUCGACCUAUUAUUUUAGAUCCACAAGGAAUGUCACCACCUGCAUCUCCAAAUGUUGAUGCUCCAGUUAAAAGUCACUAUUUGCCUCCGCUUUCUCCAGUUGUAGAACCAAAUGUAUCACAAGAAGGAUCUGCUACUCUAACGAGCAGCAGCAAUUUAAAUAUUGUCAGUAAUAGCAGUGAUGAUCAACAAGACACACUUUCAUCUUCGAAUGAUACCAAUACAUUGACAGUCCCUAUUCGUCAUAACUUUUCCGGCGCUCGAAAUUUACAAAGUUCUUUGGCAGCAUCUGCAGUAGCACCUGCGUCUAUAGAACAAAAGCCCCGUCGUCCCAGUGGAAGUUCAACCUUGAUUGCACCGUCAAUAGGUAAUAUUAGUACAAUUACAUGCAGCAAUGUUAUUCCUAGUUCAGUAUCUAGUCAACCAGUAGCAAGCUCUACUAGUGACGAUAAUAUUCCCAAAGAUGAAGUUAAAGUUGCACCUAAAAACGAUACCAAAAGUAAAUCGAACGAGGUUGAUUUUGUAAAGUACGUUAAAAAGACAGACCCGGCUAUCGGUAUAGGAAUUGGAGGCAAAAACAAAUUGACGAUGCGUACAAAAUCGCUACGCAUAGUUGUACAAGAAGCCACAGAACGCCGCAAGCGGUUUCAGUCAUUGGCAAAUCUUAAUACCAAGGGUGCAAUUAAUGUUAAUGGACCCGGUGGGCCUGGUGAUGUUAUUUUAGGAGGAAGUCCAGCCGCUUUACUUCGCCGUAAGAGUACCAAAGUUUGGGGCCAAAAGGUUGUGGAGGUCAAACCAGAUGAAUUCCGCACUGGAAGUCAGCAGCUUAGUCGACUGAGAGAUAACCGUGGCAAAGUUAAACAAUUUGUUUGGGUUAAAGGUGAAUUGAUUGGAAAGGGCACAUUUGGUAAGGUUUAUUUGGCACUGAACGCGACUGCCGGUGAAAUGAUUGCUGUAAAGCAAGUAGAAGUUCCUCAAACUCUGAGUGACAAAAACUCCUUGCAUCAAAAGGAAAUUAUUGAUGCUUUUCAUGCUGAAGUGGAAACAAUGAAAGAUUUAGAUCAUUUCAAUAUUGUGCAGUAUCUUGGGUUUGAGGCCUUACCAGAUGUUUACAAUUUGUUCUUGGAAUACGUUCCAGGUGGAACGGUUGGAAUGGCAUUACGGAAACAUGGCCGGUUUGAAAUCAGCGUUUCCCAGUAUUUCACGCGACAAGUUCUUGACGGUCUUUCAUAUCUUCAUUCCUGUGGUAUUUUACAUCGAGAUUUAAAAUCAGAUAAUAUUUUGAUUGAUUUAGAUGGAGUUUGCAAAAUUUCAGACUUUGGAAUUUCUAAAAAAAGUCGCGAUAUUUACGCUAAUGAUGCAGCAAUGUCGAUGCAGGGAACAAUCUUCUGGAUGGCACCUGAGGUUAUUCAUAAUGUAAUCGAUAACGAAAAGCAAGGUUACAGUGCCAAAGUUGAUAUCUGGUCACUUGGCUGUGUAGUUCUUGAAAUGUUUGCAGGGCGACGUCCAUGGUCUACUGAUGAAGCUAUUGCAGCCAUGUACAAACUUGGAAAUGCUCGUUUGGCUCCCCCGAUUCCUGAGGAUACUAAAGAUUUUGUUACUAGUGUUGGCAAAAACUUUCUUGAUUUGUGUUUCAAAAUAGAUCCUGAACUGCGACCGACUGCAAAAGAGCUUUUGGAACAUGAAUUUUGUGUCGUUGAUCCUAGUUUUAGAUUUGCAGAUACCCAAUUGGCAAAAAUGAUUCGAGUAGACGAUAAGGAAAAAAAGAUGAAGAAGCAAAAGCAGCAGCAAGAGCAAAGCAAAAAGCAAGAAGAGCAGUUGCAAAAGAAGUAA